AUGUCUGGCCAUCUCGAGGUACUUCCUCGGGAUACGGAUGGCCGUUCCCUCCUACCACAUCAACUUCUGGCCAUACGGGUCACCGAGCACUUCACCUACGAUGAUCAGGCCGGCUCCGUGCCACCCAGUUUUAGAGGCAAGACCCCCACGGCUCUUAAAACACACGGAACCUUUGUUAUUCCAAAAGGUGAGGAAUGUUUCAAGGUAGUGGUUCCAAACCCUGACCCAAACUGGGCAAUCAUCGUGGUGAUCAGACAAGAUCAAUGCGCAUACGCUGUGAUUCCCCAUACGUACUACGAGAUUGGUUUACCCGAACCCGGAUCAGCUCAGCCUGGGACCUACUUCCGUGCCCUCGAUGAAAAGCUCUCACGAAACCAAUCUGGCGCUUUACAUAUAUACCACCCGAUCGGCCCAGCCGGCCCAGCCAACCCACCGGGCUUUUUCCAGAGGUGGAUGCAUGAGUACUGGAGACUUCUUUCUCAGAAUUUGCGUGAGCUCUCAGAUUUGGGAAUGAACCGACGUGUGGUUGAGGCCCUUCAUUCCAACGCGCAUCGUGCUGGGCUCGAAGCUAUGGUAAUGACCGGGCUUCCCGCCCAAGUCCUGGUUAUCCUAGACCGAGGUCCGAACAUGACGCGUACAGACAUCUUGAAUUUGCCGCGCAUCACUCAGCAGUACCCGAGAUCCGGCGGGUGUAUCUAUGUCAGACUCUACACCCAUACAGACGACAUGGGGCAGGACAUCAACGCGACCACUAUUUACAUAGGGCAAAGUGUUACUGUUCAACAUCGACAAAAUCAGCAUGAGCAGAACACCCCCUCCGGCUAUGUUCCGCCUGGAACCCCAGUGCAUUACCGACUUGCGCAAAGGGCAUCAGAAGAGCAUAGACAUGCGAUGGUCUUGUGCUUUUGGCCUAGCGAAGAGCUUGGUACACUUCCACCUUGGGGUUUAGACUUUGCCGAGCAGACGAUGAUAGCAUACCUGCGCGCGUUCAACUACUCAAUGACGGUAAACGCACCAGCAGAGAACAGAUCACGUUAUUCCGACCAGUCCAACGCAAUGUUUCGCCUGGCAAACCAAGCCUUUGACAACCUCGGCGGUGGCAGAACUCCCAUCCACAAGGGAGCAAACGUCUCGAGCCCCAUUUUCAGUGUUGGCAUUCCUGCUGAGAUCAGGAUGGUCCCUCUGCGACCCUUCAAUGAGCGUGGGAAAAAUGUCUACAGAAUACCUGGGAGUGGAGGCAAGGAGUCAAUUUCGAUGGGUUUCAGAGGCGCCUCUGUUCACGCGCUACCCAACAAGGGGUCAGCGUACAUCCGGUUCGAAGUCAUGACUGACUAUAAACCACACGACACGCCAUGGGCCGGAUUCCCAUCCGUGGGACCAUUUCAAUCCUUCGGAUUUCCAAGUUGUAUGUCAGCACAUGUCGAGUACACUCUAGAUGGCAUACAAUGGUUCGAGCAGCCCCUGCAACGGGUACUAAACAGUUGGGAAACUGCCGUUCAACGAAACAGCCAGGCGGAAGCUCUCAAAACGUGGAGACUGGCUUUCAGCAUCAUCCAGGCCCUAGAAGGCAUCGUUCUGACUGGAGAACAUGAUGACACUUUCUCUCCUAGGGUUAACUUCAACCGCCAGAAGGUUGUCGUCCUCGAAGUCAACCACUUGGAGCAAACGGCCAGGUGGGCCCCUCAGACCGAAAAGAGAAUGCCAGCACCUGGUAGAGUAUCCAUCAACCAAAACUUCAUUGAACUCUGGCGAAAGUACAACAAUGUGCCGAUGAUGGUGAUUGGCUGGCGUCCUCCUCGGCAACUUCAUCCAGUCCCGUCUGCUGAUAGUUUGUAUUGGCAAGGACAGCGGGACCGAGUGAUGUGCGACGUUUGUCGUAUCGACCCAGCCGAUGAGUAUCCCAAUUCAUGCAUUCCGACGGACUCUGGACUUGCGUCCUGCACGCGAUGCAUCCUAUUGAAUCGGCCCUGCACAUUUACACCUAUCUCCAUUCUCCGAGAGCAACUUGGCACCGCUGAUCCUACAUGGAAGACGGGAAUCAGUCGCACAAGCACCCGUCCUUUCAAAGACUACAGUUUCUAUCUGACGAUACCCAGACAGGAUUGUACCACUCCUGUACCUAUUGCAACCCCAAUCGGAGGCUCACGUGUCCUGUUAUCGGCUAUAACCAAUACUGAAGAUGUAUCUAAUGAUGACGGUGAGGUAAUCGAGACCUAA